AUGGCCGACUACGACCCGCUCGUGCUGCUGCGACAGUCCAUCUCGGGCAACAAACCCUUUGUCCCAAGCGCGUCCACCGACCCAGCUUCCCCCGAAGUCGAGCUUGCUCAAGCGACACAUCUGGCAUUCCCCGAGCAAGGUGUAGCUCUACCCUUCUCUACAUCAACGCGCUUCGCCUCCAAUGACCAGUCGGUGGAUCUGCGCAGUAUCUACUUCGCGUGGCUAAACCGCGAACGCGCUAUCCCCGAGUACAAUGCUGCCGCAACAGCUUUAAAUGAUAGCCUCGGUGCUGGUGGCAAGGUCCAAAACCUGGGUUUCAUCGAGCGACUCGAUCUGAUCACAUGGCUAGAGGGGGCUAGCGAAGAAAGUGAAUACAUCAAGCCUUUGGCAGGGGACAAGGACGGAUCAGCUGUGGCCGGAGGUGGUGCCGCCGCUGCCUCCAAGACUGGCGCUCAGUCUUCAGCUACCCAGGCGCGGUCAGGAAAAGGGACAUUGGAUCCCAAGCUCGCGAGUGUCUACAAUGGUGAGCGACGGAUGGGAGAUCGCAACACCGUGCUCAGAGGCAUUAAACCAACCGACUUCUCUCAUGUUCGGAAACUCGCGGCGCCAUUCCUCGCCAAGAAGGCCCCGUCUGCUCAUAUUAACAAUACACAGAGCAUAGCACUUAAUCAAAAGACGCCGUCUAGAAGACCGAAUCCCAUUAUUUUGCUGUCACCCUCUGCCUCGGCCCUCAUUCGUCUAUCCAAUGCCCGUUCUUUCCUGAUGGAGGGCAAGUUUUCUCCACCAGACACUGGUUCCUCCAACAGCAACAUGCUACAGAUCGAACGCAGUAUACCUAGCGUUGACCCAGCACGCCUCACGCGCUUCAUCCUGGUAGAGGGUCCAGAACAAUUCAAGCCCGAGUACUGGAACCGCGUUGUGGCUGUCUUCACAACCGGUCAGACAUGGCAGUUCAAGAACUACAAAUGGAGCAACCCCAACGAGCUGUUCAAGCAUACGCUGGGCAUCUAUGUCGGCUGGCGUGACGACCAGCCCCCUGAUAACGUCCGGGGCUGGGGCCACCGCGUAGUGUCUACAGGCGUCGACCGAUGGAGGGGCGAGGGCCAUGAGGACACCCGCUUUAGGGACAAGGAGGUCGUGGAGCAGAUUUGGAAGUCAAUUGAGCUCAACAUGUCUCAAAAGGGGUGGAGGAAAGAUGCCGCCCCAAGCUCCAUCUAG